ACAUGCCUAACACAUUCCACUCUUAAACUUCUGGCUGGUGUCCAGGCUCCCCUCCCUUUCCAGGACCCUGGAAGCCUGGCCUCCAGCUGGGCCAGAUGAAUGUGGUUUUCCUCAUCUCCAGUCCCGUGACUCAGACGUGCUGGGACCAGCCCUUCUCUGUGCAGACACAGGACCACGGAUGGGGGUGGGGGGAACAGAUAGUGACAUCACUGCUGAGGCUUAUAAAAUCAGAGACUCUUGACAAAAUCAGGCAGUGGAGCUAGAAAGCCACUGAAAUUCACCCCCAGUGCUGCCAUGACAACUGCCAGCACCUGAGCCACCUGUCCAGAAACGCUCGUCCAAAACUGCUAGCUGGUGUCAUGCUGAGUUCAGCCCAUUUCCUGCAGUUUCUGGCUGUUGUUUUCAUUUUACCACACCUGGCUCAGUCUUUCUCUUCAGAGGACAAUGAGGAAGAGGAAGAGGAGAGAGAGAAAACCCCCCCUCCUAAGAACCAUCUCUGCGAUUAUGACCGAUGUAGACAUCUGCAAGUGCCCUGUGAAGAACUCCAGGGCCCUAAUGGCACAGCCUGCCUGUGCCCGGCUCUCUCCAGUUCCCACAAACCUCCAGAGCCUCCCCGUCUUGGAGAAGUGCAUAUCUGGGCUGAACAGGGCCGGGCAGUAGUCCACUGGUGUGCUCCCUCCUCCCCUGUGGAUGAGUAUUGGCUUGAGCUCUGGGAAGGAGGUGCCCUUGUCAGAACAGGCCCUCCUGUUCUGUUCAACACUACCGUCCGAAGGGCAGAACUGGAAGGACUGAAACCUGGAGGAGCUUACGUCCUCUGUGUGGUGGCCUCCAAUGCCGCUGGGAUAAGUUCUGUUCCAGAGGGAGGUGGGGCAGUCGGGACUCCCCUGCCCACCACCUUUCCAUUAUUUGGACCCUGCCGCCAUCUUUCCAUUCCCCCUAGACCCCAGACCCUGGUGCAUGUAGCAGUGGGAAUGGGGAUAGUCCUGAUCUGCAUAAGCCUUGCUGCCUUGCUGUGGCAUUUCUGUCUCCGGGAGCGCUGGGGCUGUCCUCACCAGUCCAGAGGAACAGCUGCUUCCAGAACCUGGGAGGAAUUCUAGUAGUGCCAGCCACGAGCUUAAGGACCAUAGACAGAAAAAAAAAUGGUGGAUGACUUAACCUUCAGAGAGUUGCCUGAUUUCCCACACCUCAAGAAAGUGGCCUCAGGUCUACUGAAGGAGGGAGUUCCCCUCAGAAGGGAAAGUGACGACGACCCCAUACCCCAGCCUGGAGUUCCUCAAACUGCAGUGUGUGUAAUAUGGUCCUUCCCCCUCUCCCCUAGGUAAGGGCGAAAAGCUGCAACCACAGAGAAAAAGCACCCCUUCACGUGACUGGGCUCUCAUCUUUAGCUCAGUCCUCCUGGAGGGAGAAGACUUUGCUUUUCUCCAGCAGUCUUUGUUUCUUGCUGACUAAUAAAGCCACAAUAAUG